AUGCGAGCGAUGUGGGACUUGCCAGGCGUGAGAACGGUGUGGGAGCGGAGGCGAGAAGCAUCGGGGAAGGUUCCGUUCGAGAUGAAGCGGGUCGGCGACAAGCUCGUGCCUUACAUCGGCCUUGAAGAGCUCCAGGGAAUCACGCUCAUUCUCCUGCGGCGCCACUUCAGCGGGCGGGGCAAGCGGUUGUGGCCGACAGGCAUGGCGGGCAGCGAGGGCGACGCGGUGCUGGCGGUGUGCGCGGUAGCGCGCGUGGAGAGCGCGUGGCAGCCGCUGGCGUACCGCUUCGAGCCCCGUCUUGGGGAGGCCAGCACUGGACUCAUGCAGGUGCUGCAGUCGUCAGCGGAGUGGCUAGCAAGGGACAUGGGGUACCGCGCCUACACCAUUGACUGGUCCUCCUCCAUGCUCUACCGCCCCUUCGAGGCCAUGUACUAUGGCAUGGCGUACCUCGCAUGGCUCACUACCACGCGCAGUGAGGAAUACGUAGUGCGUGCAUACAACGGCGGGCCGGGCGGAUGGGAGAAGCCAUCCACAGCGAGGCACUGGGGCAAGUACCUGCAGGCGAAAGAGUUCACGGCACCAGUCGCUCGGCUGGCAAUCAACGGUUUCUUCUUCGCCGAUCUGUUUGUGUGGCAGGAGAUAUUGCGGAUGCCACGUGGCGCAUCUGCCCCAUCCGUUCUGCCCACGUCAGCAGCACCAUCUCAGCCGCCAGCCAGAUCCCCCUUCCCGUCCACACCACAAUCCACACAUCCAUCGCACAAUCCCGGCACAACUCCCAACCCUGCUCAACCUGCCAAUCCCGCCUGGUCUGCUGCACCCACGUCCGCCCCAGGGGGACGCUUCUUGGGCAAUCUAGCCGCUGUCAAUCGCCCCCAAGCACCCAACCCAGCCGUCCCACACACCCCAUUUGCACCAGCAGCCCAACAAGCACCCUUCCAGUCAACCCAGCAAGCACCCUAUGCAUCAGCCCCGCCUGCUGCCGUCCCCUCAGCCUCACAAAACGCCUUCCCCUCCACCUCACAAGGCACCUCCCCACAGGCGCCCUCUCCCUCUGUCAGGGACCCAUCUGGUCCUGCGUGGGCCCCACCUCCUGUGCCACCCACAGCAACUGUUCAACCCGCCUACCCCUCUGCUCCACAACCUCCCUACCCCUCCGCCCCACAACCUUCUUAUCCAUCUGCCUCGCAACCUUCUUAUCCCUCUCCCUCCCAUCCUCCGUUUCCCUUCACCCCCCAACCUUCCUAUCCCUCUCCCUCCCAACCCCCCUACCCUUCUUCCUCGCAACCAGCCUAUCCUUCUGCCCCCCAACCUUCCUAUUCCUCUCCCUCCCAACCGCCCUAUCCCUCUGCCCCCUUAACUUCCUAUUCCUCUCCCUCCCAACCUGCUUAUCCCUCUCCCUCCCAACCUCCCUAUCCCUCUCCUUCUCAACCCCUCUACCCUACUCUCCCACAACCUUCUUUUCCCUCUGUCCCACAACCCCUCUACCCGUCCGUCCCCCAACCCCCCUAUCCCUCUGCGCCUGAACCUCUCUAUCCAUCCAUCUCGCAACCGCCUUACCCCUCUCUCAAUGAGUCAACACCGCCAACACAACAACCCCCCUUCAGUGUGAACCCGCCACCUGAUGCAGCACCAUCGCCCUCACAAGCACCCACUCCCUCCAGCAUUGACAACCCCCCUCGUGCUGCGGCGCCUGUGACUGAGUCUGCUCCCAAGGGUCGCUUCCUGGGGAAUUUGGGGGUGCUCAGACCGCAAAAGUGA